ACUGCACGAGCGCUGCUGGGGCGGUUGGGUUCGAGAAUACCCCCCCCUGUGACCCUGCGGAGUGGACUGUUCCGCUUUGGACGUUAACGGCAAAGGACGGUGGCUGAGGAGGUGGAGAGGGGGAGUCCGGGUAUCAGCAGCGAGCGAGCGGGAUUAACCCGAUGCUGGUGAGGAGUGUCUGCGCCACGGCUCGCUGAGGACCCGGCGGAGGGCAGUCUCUAUGAGGCCGGACGAGCAGCUCCCCGGGGGGUUGCGUUAGCGAUCGUGGAGAGGAUUGUGGCCGCUCACGGGGGAUCAUCCAUGUUUUCCCCGAGUCAGGAGGAGCACUGCGCCCCCAACAAGGAGCCCAUCAAAUACGGGGAGCUGGUGGUGCUGGGGAGCCAGCAAAAAAAGUUAGGAGCCAGGAUGCCUCAUGUAAGGUACAAUGGCUGCCUUCCUAAUGGAGACCGAGGCAGAAGGAAAAGCAGAUUUGCACUCUAUAAGCGGCCUAAAUCUAAUGGUGUCAGAGCCAGUAGUGUUCACGUGAUCUCUACUCCACAAGCCUCUAAGGAUCUAUACAUGCAGAAUGAAGGAAGCGGCGCUGAUAGUUUACAGGUGUCACACAGUCCUACACAGGAGGAACGUCACAGCAGUGACUCAGAGCCUCUCGCAGCUGAAGCUAAACAAAUAGAUCUUAUCUUCAGUUCCCAGGCGAUCAGCAGCAGAGGUCAGCACAGCAUCUCCUACACACUUUCCAGAAACCAGACUGUUGUCGUGGAGUACACGCAUGACAAGGACACGGAUAUGUUUCAGAUUGGAAGAUCGACAGAAAGCCCCAUUGACUUUGUUGUUACGGACACAAUAUCUGGUAACCAGAACGAUGAGACUCAGAUAACACAAAGCACCAUCUCCAGGUUUGCAUGCAGAAUUGUCUGUGACCGGAAUCCUCCAUACACAGCAAAAAUCUUUGCGGCAGGAUUUGACUCCUCAAAAAAUAUCUUUCUUGGUGAGAAAGCAGCCAAGUGGAAGAAUCCUGACGGUCACAUGGACGGAUUAACCACCAAUGGGGUUCUUGUAAUGCAUCCGAAAGGGGGGUUCACCGAAGAAUCCAAACCUGGUGUUUGGAGGGAAAUCUCAGUUUGUGGGGAUGUCUACACUCUCAGAGAAACUCGGUCCGCUCAGCAGAGAGGAAAACUGGUGGAAAACGAAACCAACAUUCUUCAGGAUGGAUCUCUCGUUGACUUGUGUGGAGCUACCCUCCUAUGGAGAACAGCUGAUGGCUUGUUUCAUACACCAACCCAAAAACACAUUGAAGCCUUGAGACAGGAGAUUAAUGCCGCACGACCUCAAUGUCCGGUCGGAUUAAACACUUUAGCUUUUCCAAGUAUUAACCGCAAGGAUGUAGUGGAGGAAAAACAGCCUUGGGCGUACCUUACCUGUGGCCAUGUACACGGAUAUCACAACUGGGGUCAUCGGAGUGACACAGAGGCCAAUGAGAGGGAGUGCCCGAUGUGCAGAACAGUUGGUCCAUAUGUGCCUCUCUGGCUUGGAUGUGAAGCUGGAUUUUAUGUAGACGCUGGUCCUCCUACACACGCUUUUAGCCCUUGUGGACAUGUCAGCUCAGAAAAGUCUGCCAAAUACUGGUCUCAGAUCCCACUUCCUCACGGUACCCACGCGUUUCACGCUGCUUGUCCUUUCUGUGCAACACAACUGACUGGCGAAGAAAGCUGCGUUAAACUUAUUUUCCAGGGCCCUAUUGACUGAUGCUAUUUAUAACAAAAAAAAUAACAUUUUGUUAAUAAAAAAAUAAACAAAAAAACUAAAGAAAAAUACUGUGAAAUUUUCACCACUAAUACUAGAAUUUUUUUUUUUUUAUAUAUAUAAUUUUAUUAAAGGGGAUCAGAUAACUGAUGGUUUUUGUGUCCUCACAUUGAUCAGAUGUCAAUAAUUUGGCAUGAACACCAGCAACUUUAAAACAUGGAUAUAUAUAUUUUUUCUUUUAGAUUUUUAUAUCUGUAAAUUGGUUUUAAUACAAACCCUUUGCUUGAAAGAGAAAUGUUUUUGAAGUUACAUUUUAUUUUUAUUUUUUUUAUAGUUUUGAGCUGUGGUACACUUUUGUGAAGGCAGGCAUAGACCAGGUCGAUGGAAAUGCCUCCAGAGCAGGGUCACGGGCCUUGGCCAACUCCUUUAGGUUUUUAAGGCUUGGUUCACAUGGAAUUACAUUUUUUUAGUUUUUUUUUUAAUCAUGUUUUUACUGCAAAUCGUCUAGCACUGCUGUUAUCGGCAGAGUGGUUUUAUCAGGUUAAACAUUCCAACAAUAACUACAAGCUACCAAUAACUGCAAGCUAAACUGCAGAAGUUGAGGGGAAAAAAAUGCAUUGUGAUAAAUUAACCCCUAUGUGCUUCAUUUUUAGGCUGGGUUUAUCAAAACCUGUGUAG